AAAUUCUAUGUAAGGUAGUGAAAGAAUUGAGAAACAUUUAGCAAAAAAUGAGCAGAUAAAUCAAACAUUUCCGAUAAUCUCUUAAGUAACUGGACCAUGUAAUGCGUAUAUUUCUCAAAGCCAUUCCCUAAAGAAGAGGAAUUAAAGGGCACAAUGGUGGCUGCUGGUAAAAUUAGCCAUCUUCAACACUCUAUAUAUCAUACAAGUAAAUAAUUUCCCUUCGGGUUUUGUCUAAUAAAUAAGAAGACACCCUUUACGGAGAAAAAGAUGAAAAUAAGGGAAAAACAACCCUAUAGACAGUUUUAUAAUCACUAUGAACCCAGGAUAAAUGCAUGUAUCUCAGCCCAACUAGAGACUGUAUAUAAAAUGCCAGAAAGCCCUUUCCAAGUAGAAGAACUACCUUCAACUAGUUGUUUCUGCUUCUCCACCAAACCAGAAAACAAUGGGACAAAGGAAACACCAAAUUGGUCUCCCAAUCUUCUCAGGCUUGGACUUGAACACAUCACAAUGCCUACAUCUGCCUCAAGCAAGCAGAGUAAAUCACCAAUUGAAGCUCCAACAUAAAUUGCUAAGUUCUGGCCAUCAUUGUUGCGUUUCCUUAAAAUGUUACGAAAGGCUUGAAGCUUUUCCAUGGGAGACUCCACUUUCUUAACUAUCUCACCAGUGGAUAUGGACUCCUCGUAAGAUAACUCAUUGGAGUAUAUGUUCAGUGCAUUUAGAUCUCCUGCUCAUCGUAAAGGAGUUAAAAGAGAAUUAGAGGGGGAAUAAGAAGAGACAGGAACUUGAAUGCACAGGAUCUACAAUGCAGCUUUCCUCCUAAAAAAAAAUGAUCUAUGAUGCAGCUCAGAAUUCAAAAUACAUUGACUUCAAGCAU